AGUACGGUAUUCGGCGAGAUCUGAUCUUCAUCUCUCUCUCCUCCGUGUGGAAUCAAUAUGAGCGCUGCAACAACUUGUACAAGAUUUAGCGAUAAUUACGAAAUUAAAGAAGAGCUAGGAAAAGGUGCAUUUUCCAUUGUAAGAAGAUGUGUUCAGAAGUCAACUGCUCUAGAAUUUGCUGCAAAGAUUAUCAAUACCAAGAAGUUAUCUGCCAGAGACUUCCAGAAGCUGGAAAGAGAAGCAAGGAUUUGCCGCAAACUGAACCACCAAAAUAUUGACGAAAGAACUCGAGUGUGCCUUGUAAAGCUCAUAUAUUAUGUCAAUAUCUUUGCUGAUGAUUGUGUUCGGAUGAGUGCUCAUUGCUCGCCACGCUGGGAAGCCUCCUGUUGCCGCUGUGCUGACAAAGCGUUAUCGGUGGAAGGAGAAGGAUCCUUCUGUGCCGAAUAA